AUGGCCAUGGCGCCCACAGAUCGUCGGAAACCCUUUACCAGCUGGGUCAAGAAGCUGAAUCAGAAGAUGAAGCGCACCAAGGGCCCGAACAAUCCCUACCCCCAGUCAGGCCAUGUCAGUUCCCGACAUGGGCUCCCACCGUCAUCGACUCAUCAACGAGAAUCGCAUUCCAUCGAUUAUCCCCAGUCGACCGUCGAGAGCACGCCCGAUCCCGCGCUGGUCAUACAUUCUGCCGAGGAGCUGAGCAGGCAGUCCAUGCAGUCCACGAGCGAGGGCAGGCAAUCAUCGGCUGAAAUUGAGGGCGACGCCGAUGGUGACGCCGAAGGCCGACCCCCGACAACCGCACCAUCCUACGGUGGUACCUCUUUCGCCGGCACAAACAUCACCGCGACCGACCCACGCAGGCCCGACAGCACCUUCUCCUCGCCCGCGCCCUCCGCCCGGUCUGUUGCGACGACCCUGUCGACCGUCCAAACCCAUAUGGCCAACGGCCUGCUAAACGGUCAGCCCACCAACACUGCUGCCCAACCCACCUCACGGCCUCAACAGGCCGUCCAGUACACCCAGCCCGAGGCCCUGGUCACAGCCAUGCCCGCCGGCGACGGCGACCGAAACAGGCGGAGUGCCUACCGCCCUGCUACAUACAGCGCAAUUAUCGCGAAUAAUCUACUGAGCGACAACAUCUCGAUCCUGACACUUGCGUCGUCCACCCAACGCCGUAGGCGGCGCUCCUGGGACACGGACUAUGAUCACGCGUCGGUACGUGCGUUGCCACCAGCAUCACAAUUUGGCGGCAGCCGAGAGUCGCUACCCCUAUCGGUGCUGAGCGCCAACCUCGACGGGCAGCCGACAAGCCCAGGUUUGACCACGGCAAGGUCCAUCGCAGAACGAUCGGUUAGCGGCCUGGCUCUGGGUCAUGGACGGGCCGACAGUCUGAGCGGCAGUGUUGGAGCCGGAGCAAUUCCCGUCGCCAGUGAAUCUUGA